UCGCAAAAACCAAUAAUCGGUUUGUGCCAAUGUAACGCACACGUGUUACAUUUGCGUUGGCUCCCAGAUAAUCCCGAUUAAAGGUUUCGUUCAAGCCCUGGGGUAAUCGCCACAGUUGGCAGAUUGUGGUCCCGAUAUGUCAUAACUCCGAACUCCACACAUGUGUCAAGUUAUCAGCGUAGUUAUUUAUGGAAAAGUAUAUAAUAUUCAAUGCGAUGUUUCGUAUUUAACGAAUGACCCUUCUAAUCAGUCCUUGAUCUUUCUGUAUUUGAUAACGACAUCUCGUGUAGUCGCUCGUGUGCGUCGUUGCCCUCAGCCAUCUCCAAUAUUGUGCUCGCGUUAUUUACGAAAAAUGCAAGCCGUGCAGCGUGAGCGAGAGGCAAUACACUCUGGUCAGUUCAUGGUGUCCACCUUCGAGGCCGAGGAGCAGGAUGACGAGGACGAGGUGGCGGUGCCCAUCCCCGAGGGGGCGGAGGCCGACACCACCAUCGUGCCCGUCAAGCACAGCCUCCGGGACAUCAACAAGAACCACCAGCAGCAGCUGUCCAUCGACACGAGCCUCUCCAAGCUGUUCCAGUGCAUGUCGCUGGCCUACAGGCAGAAGCUGACGUCCCCGAAGUGGAACCGCUUCCGCGGGAUCAGACUGCGCUGGAAGGACAAAAUUCGGCUCAACAACGUUAUUUGGCGGUGCUGGCAUUUGCAGUUUAUCAAGAAGGCAAACACGCUCAUCUGCCAGUUUGCGUCGCCUUUGGACGUAGACACGCAUAACAAGCCAGAGGCCGUUGUGCUAGAAGGCAAAUAUUGGAAGCGGAAGUUGGCGGCUGUAACAGCAGAGUACAAAAAAUGGCGGUUGUUUUACCGAAACCAUGCCCUUGGCCAUUCUUCCAGAGACGAUGUAGAAAUGCUCAGCGACGUCGAUUUGCUAACUUGCUACUCUCAGAGCACCGAAAACGUGCACAUGAUGGUUGACGAGGACUACAUGGGUCUGAUGAGCGACACCCUGUUUUCCACCAUCACGAAUGUGCCGUUUGUUUUCCCCGAUUCGAGGGAGAUAGCUAGAGCCGGACUUGCUGACUUCAUCCAACCUAGUCUAGGGCCUCUCCAACCCAAUCUCGACGAUUACAUGGACACAUUCGAACCUCUUCAAGAAUUCAUGACGUGUAAGCUUCCAACAGUCCCCGAAGAACAAACGCAAAACACCACCACGUGGAGUUAUCCCGAGUUGGAUUUGAUGCAAUCAAGCCCGAACUUACAAAUGAAUACCGUUCAAAAUCAGCCGCAAGUGAUCAGUCAAUAUCAGCAAAUACCGAUUGAAAAGCCCCUGCAGCAAGAAAGUCAGCCGACUUCCGAAGCCACCAUUUACAACUCGAUGGUCAAUCAAUAUGUACCGCCGCAGGUACAGCCCACGUAUCAUUCGUCUGUGAUCUCGAAAAACGCCAAAAGCCAUAAGAACGCAUCACCGACUCAUGUUAAGUUGAAUCAAAGCCAUCUGCAUGCGAAUAUCUACAAUAAGCCUGUCAGUAACGUGUAUACGAGUUUUCCCGAACAAAACCUACAGCAGAACAACGCCAUGUGUCUCAACGAACGGAUACAGAUGCCCCUGCAAGACCCUCUGCAACAACAAACUUUGCAACGCCAACAGCAACAAAUAAUCCAACAACAACAACCGGAAAUUCAACAAUUCAAACUGCCCCAGCAGUCGCCGGAACAGAGACAACCCCCCGGUUAUAAAUUUACAGCACCGGCGGUACCCAACAUUAAAUUCACAUCACAGGUACCCCGCAUGAUGCCUAUACACUCUCAGUACAACACUAGCCACUCUUUUUCUAAGGAAGAAAAGCCUGAGACGCGGAUGCGAGGGGCCCCCAGAGGCCGGCAAAGAUCUCGCUCAAACACCCGGGAACCGGUCAGAAGGCCCCCUUUAAUCUCCGCCGUAAGCGACCCCUCGUUGCUCACGCAACUCUUAACGAAUAACACUGACGACAUUUUUGCACGGAGUCAGAGCCUUAUCUCGGCCCAUGACCAGGUCCGUAUCAAGGAGGAGCACAGCCCUAUACCAAUCUUGCCGCAGCCCCCGCCCACACCUUCGACUUUAAUCAUCACAACGCCUGUAAAUAUUGUUCAAACGCAGUCGACCGAUCCAUUGAUGUUGAAUAGUUCGUUCAGUAGUUCAAAUAGUCCAGUUUUGGAUGGUUCUCAGAAUAUCAAUUCGCCUACCUCAUCACAGGGUUCAAUGGGCUCGCCAAAUCGUGAUAACCCCCAUAGAGAUCAAAGGAGGGUGGGGCAUAUACACGCCGAACAAAAAAGACGGUACAAUAUCAAGAACGGGUUCGAUAUGAUUCACUCGCUUAUACCGCAUCUCAAUCAGAAUCCCAACGCUAAGUUAAGUAAAGCAGCGAUGCUUCAGAAGGGUGCAGAGUACAUCAGACAGCUGAGAUCUGAACGGAAUCAAUUAAACGAGGAAAUGGAGUGUUUGAGGCAGCAGAUUGAGACAUUGAAUACUUCGAUAAGUAAUUGCCAAUCUAUGUUGCCUGCAACCGGAGCGCCGGUGUCCCGACGCAGAGACAGUAAAAUGCAGGAAAUGUUCGAUGACUACGUCAGAAAAAGAACGAUGGAAAAUUGGAAAUAUUGGAUUUUUAGUCUACUCUUCAGGCCACUGUUAGAUUCGUUUAACAAUUUCGUGUCGACGUCUAGUUUAGAUGAUCUUUAUAGGUCCACGAUUUUAUGGAUAGAACAACACUGUACACUUGUAGACCUCCGACCAGUGGUCCUGAAUUCGCUAAAGUACCUGAGUACCAAGACAGAGAUCUUGUCAGAGCCUGAAAAGCUGCCAGACGAAGUCAGACAAAUGGUUCUGUCUAAAAAUUCGCAGUAGAGGAGAAGAAACCAAGUAACAUUUGCUCAGAAACUUCGUGUUCGUGAUACGCAGUGCAAAGCGAUUAUUUUAAGUGCAACAUGCUUGUUUGUUUUUAAUCGUAGUCUUCCGCCUGACUUAAUUUGAUUAAGUACGAUUUUUGAAAGAACGAUCACUGCUUGUGUUUUGAAAAUUAGUAAAUCAACGGUGCAAUGCAAGAUGCUGCCUUAUGAAGUGUUGUAACACUUGCAACUCAUCUAAAUUUUAUGACUAAUCAUGAAGUACAACUUAUCGUUAAUGUUUUUUUAACAAUUAAUUAUACUGUGCCUUACAAAUCAGAGCGUGAUACUUUUUUAUUUUAAAAUUAUUGUAAGUUUUUAGGGUACUUACCAUGUAAAAAUCUUGUUAUGUGUUUAUGAGUUAUGUAAUUUUGUGUAAGUUUUGAGUCAUUAAAUGCAUAUUGUUUUGUUUA